AUGAGUGAUAAUAAUACACUAUUGUCAACGAGUUUAUUGGGUACAACAACUUCGACUUCACCCACCACCACUACCACGACAACAACUACAAAUCAAUCUACUGCUACAACAGAACAAUCAUCAUCAUCAUCACCAGCAUCAUCAUCUACAAACAAUACAGAUAGUUUAUCAAUUAAAGAUUUAGGUAGUUCAACAACAGCAUCAUCAUCAUCGUCUUUAGAUAAUAUCACCACCAGUAAAGAGAAACAAUUAGUUUCAGAUAAUCUUACUGUAUUAAACUAUUAUAUUGAUAAUGAUUUAAUUGAUGAUCCAAAAUGGAUUGAAGAAGAAUUAUCAAAUAUAGAUAACAAGAUAACACAAUUGUUUGAUUAUUAUGUUCCACCAUCGAGUGCAUCAAAAGAACAGAUUCAAACUGGAAAGAUUAAGAUUAAAGGUGUUACCUAUCAAUUAUCAUUACAGUUACAACAAUUUAUUAUUGAUUUAAGUAAUAUAUUGAAUUUAGAUCAAAUAACAACAUUUAUUAUUAUACAAUCAUAUUCUACAAAUGUUAAAGAACUUAAAUAUGAUUCAUUAGAAUUCUCAAAUUUAUUAGAAUAUUAUUAUAGAGAAAGAUUCUUAUUGUUAUCAUUGGUAUCAUCAUUGAUAAAGAAAGCAUAUGGUGUUGAAUCGAUAUUAAGAGAUGUACCGAUGAAGUAUGUCAAGGAGAAUCAAGAGGCAUGGCAACAGAAACUUUUGAAAUCACUGUUGGUACUAUCUAGUUUCUCUAUUCCUGAUCACCUAAAGGAUCAACCACAACUCUAUACCAUAUACACAGAGUACGUAAUCAACGAGCAACUCUUGGUAGUAGAAACACUCUUCCUUCUCUAUUAUUAUAAACCAAAGAUUUCAUUCCCAAAAGAUUUUAAAGAUCUAUUUAAUAGAUAUCAAGAAAUAAGAAUAGGUAGAUAUUCAGAUUAUCUAUUACAAUGUAACAACGAUGUUAUUAGAUCUACACUUCAGAAUAUCGAAUAUAUAUUGGUGUUGGUUGGAAUGUUAUCCAUUGGUGAAGUACCAUUAUUAGAAUCACCAGAUAAACCUAAACAAUUAUCAGAGAAUCAAAAGACAGAUAUAUUAAAUCUUAUUAAAGUAUUUGAAAGAUGUUCAAUGACACCAUCAUUAUCAAUCAUUAUCUAUUCGGUAUUAUUAAAUUCAAUGAUUCUAUCACCUGCAUUUGUUGAAUCCGAUGUCAUCUCAAAGUGUCUUGAAUAUAAUCCAUUCCAAUAUCUAAAGUUAAUGAUGUCUUCAAAUUAUAUAACUGGUAGUGCAUCAUCAACAGGAUAUAUUGAUAUUAUUCAAUUGUUUAUCAAUAGAUUUACAAUGGUAUAUGAUUUAAUAUCUACUGAACCGAAUGCAGUCAAUAUUGUUUUCGAUGUAUUUACAAGUUCAUUACGUUAUAAUCCUUUGACCGAACAAGAGUUGGUCAAGCAUGACAUCUUUAAAUAUGUAUUGUCACCAACAAUCAUUAUCAAUCAAUUCGAAAAGACAUUAAAGUUAUUAACAGAUGCAAUCUAUGAUGAAUCUUCAUCUAUUUCAAUGUUUAAAGUUAUAAUUCAAACAAAUAUAAGAGAAUUACAAAAGUUAAUAAGUAAUAGGGAUUUAGAUCAAUUAUUAAAUCAAUCGUUUGAAGCAAUCGAGAAAGAAGGUCAGGUGAUUACAGCGAUUGCCAAACAAUAUCUACAGUUGAAUCAACAGGCAAUCUAUAAGGGUGCAUACAAGUAUUUCUUGUUGUUGGAUAACGGUGUGCAGUCGUGUGCAGUCUACUCGAUUGGUGACCGUAUCUUGGAUACCAUUGUAGCGUUCACCAAGGAUCACCCGUCAUCAAUGCCAUUGUACAAUGCAUUCCUCCAGGCACUUCGUCUACUUGGUUCUCUCUGUCAGUACACACAUUUGGCACGUCUCUACUACUGGAAUGUAUUCAACGGCAACAGAAUAUCGGAUGCCCUCAUCGAUUUGCUAUUCUCGAUUGCCGAAGACCGCUCUCAUCUCCGUGAUAUCUCGAGUGCCGUUCUACAGCUAUUCUCGAUCUUUAUGAAAGACAGACCACGCGAAACACUAAACUUCCUCUGCGAGAAGGGUUGUUGGACGAGAGGUGGUUCCGUCGACAUGAUACGUACUCAGUAUCGUCGUGCAGAUUUAACAUCAAUAGAUUCAAUGGUAAUGUUUAUGUUACAAGUAUUAUCAGAUUAUUGGUUGUUACAAGUGGAUGAUCUUUCGAAUGCAAGAGGUAUUUGUAGAUCGAUAUUCGAUUGCUUCAAGGUUAUCGUGGUAAAGACACAUUGUGCUUCACCGAAUGAACAGAUUGUUGCGCUGUCUGAUAAGAUUGUACGUGCUUUUACACAACAAGGUGCAGUACAAGCAACUUUGUUUGCUGCCAUCGAACAACAACAUCAAUUCUUGGUGUCCGAUCAGAUGAAUAGCCAAGCCGAUCUAUUGUCAAGAGAAGCUCUAUGUUUGUUGGAAGUGUUGCUACAACAUCCUUUGGUACCGGAACAAGUAGAUUCAUUGGUCAACUCUAUACUCUAUACCGGCGGUCAGGUUAGAAGUGGAGGAGAAGGUGGUUGGGGAGGACAGGAACAACAAACACUCUGCCUACUAUCUGUAUUGUUUGACAAGGUGACAUCACCCAACAAACUAGCAUACUUUGUCAUCAAUGUGAUACGUUCAUUCGUUCUGAUGAUUCGAUCAAACAAUCGAGAAUUCUACAUCUCCUCUUAUGUAACCGAUUUACAAGUUAGUAAUAUCGUUGACAUUCUCCAACAGAGAAUAAACAACCCUAUUCUUACAUCUCAUUUGAUAGACUUGGUUGGAUUACUAAAGGAUCUAUCGGUAUCACAAUUCCAAUUGACCAAUCGAUUACUACCAGAGGAUUCAUCUAGUAAGUUUAUUAUUACUUUACUAAAGAAUCAACAGCAACAACAACAACAAUCGAAUAGUGUUAUCAAUGAUUUAUUUGGUUUACUUUCAAAUAUUCAUUGUAACUCAAUUUACUAUGGUAGAUUCUUGCAUGAACUACAUGAAUGUCAAGGAUUCUGGGAUGAAUUGAUCAAACAGUCGAAACAUAGUAAACAAACAUUAUCUUCACUCUACAAGAUACUCUCUAUUCAAACACUUUCAAUGACUACCUCCAACUAUGUAUUCCCAAAUAAAGAGACAAGCUUUGUCAAUGCCGUUCAGAAGCAUUUCCGUGGAUCGAUAGAGCAUCUCGCCAAGAAGAAUAUGGUAUUGCCUGACUUGGCCAAACGAACUCAACUACAAACAGCCAUCUUGGAGUUGUGCGCAAGACACCCUGCUUUUAAGGAUGUAGGUUCAUUCAUUCAGUCGAGAUCUCGUGAUUCCGGUAUUCAGAAAUAUGACCGUGAAUACAAUGAACGUUUAUUCUCUGGUGGUAGUGGUGAGCAGAAUCAAGAGGUAUUGGAUAUCUUGGAUGCCUGGAAUGAUCUGGUCGAACAUCAAGUGGAAGAGUUGGAAGUAACCCGUUCACUUUCGAAAUUCAUUGUUGUAUCUUUGCUAAAGAAGAGUGAACUAAUCAUAAAGUCAACCGAGGAACGUGAAAGAGAGAAGGAACUAUCGAAUCUAGCUUUGAUGUUGAUAAAAACAGCAUUGACCGAUAGAGUUGAAUUGGAUGGUGGUCAAGUCAAUCCGUUAAAGGAUGAGGAAUGUGAAUGGUUACAAAUCAUAUUGGUGACACUCACAGUUAUAACAUCGAAUAUUCUCACCAAUAGCGAUUUGAAACUAUCCAACAAAAUCACUCAUUCGCUCGUUUCACAUUUAACUCUUCUUCUUCAACACUACAUCAAAUAUCUCAACAACACAAAGCUAUUGACUAUCUUUACAUUGAUAACCAACUCAUUGCUUUCGGUCUUGAAGAUUGCAUCACAAACCAAUAUCCAAAUGUAUAAUCAAUUGUUGACACCGCUGUCUUUACUGAUACUAUCGAGAACAACCUACUCUGCCAAUCAACAAGUAUCACAAGAGCAACUACAAACCAACAGUCUAUCAAAUAUUGCAAUGUAUACAAUGAAUACAUUGAUAUCGGUGGUUCAAGACGAUUGUAUUCUUCCUUCGAGUCUACCUCAUGAAAUGAUUGAAAGACUACUCGGUUCAUUGCAAUUCAGUCUUAAUAUUGGUUCCGAAGAUCAGUCCAAUAGCUCACCGGAUAUCGACAAUGCCAAUGCCAUACUCGAUCUAUUCAUUGCUUUCACCAGACAACCUUUACUAUGUGAACAACUCGUUGUCAAGAAUAUCAUCAAUCUACUAUCAUCCAUCGAUUUAAAGUAUUUAAGAUUAGCAAUCGAUCCAUAUAUCUCACCAACUCCAAAGACAAGUAACAACAACAAUACUAUCUAUGUAAAGAAUAGAUGGUAUUUACUUUGGACUAAAUGUCUGACUUUGGUUAUUUCCAUUGCCGAUACUUUGAAAAAGAGUGAUAAACUACCAGAACAACUCAUUGACUUUGUCAUUUCUCAUAAGGAACGAUUCUUUUACUAUGCCGAUCCAAUGUGUUUCCUCAACUCGCCAUCACAACAACACCUAACAUGCCAGUGGUUCGACCAAAUCCUAAAGUUAACCGAUAUCAUCUAUGCACUCUCCAAGCAUACCAGAAAAUAUCAUCUCUCCUAUCGUGUAUUUGGUGAGUUACAAUCACUCUGCUAUCGAUUGGCACUCAUUCUCACUGCACAACUAGAUGAACAUCAAUUCAUAGAGAAUUACUUUAAUGCAAUGACUCUAAAAGAGAAAAAGAAGAAUCAACCAACCAAAGUUAAACAACAACCUGCUGAAGGUUCAGCUGCUGCCGCUUCUUCAAGUUCAUUGUCAAUCUCAAGUUUAAAUCCACCAGCACCACCAAAGACAACCACUGUUGAAGUUGGACCAUCUCGUAUGUCCUCGAAAAUUCAUUCGAUCUAUUACCUCAUUCUUAGAAAUGUAUUAUAUUCCCUGGUGAAUCUUCAAUACUACAUUCGAGAGUGCCCACAGUUCAUACCUGUCAUUCCUCACUAUAUGGAUCGCUCUACAUUUGGAACUUUUCUUUUCGUCAACCAAUUGAUAUGUAUGAAAGCCAACGAAACUCAAAACAAACAACCAGCAAAACGAGAAAUUCUCCAACAAAUAGGUGAACUUAAUUGUUUGCUCUUGUUGUUACUCUCUGAAUCUUAUAAUUUUAGAGAUGAAGCCCUGGUUUCAAGUAUCAGUUAUGUAAGAAACCAAUUCGAUGAAGAAUAUAAUCAACAACAACAACAACAACAGCAACAGCAACAGCAGCAAUCAAAAGGUCCAUCAUCACCAAAGUUGAGAGCUUCUGUAUCAAACUCACCACCAAGUUUAACAAACAACAUUGAUGUUAACAAACCACCAAAAUUCUUUUCGACUUUAUUAACAAAAUUAAAUUAA